AUGGAGAUCCCUCGAGUCCCAGUCGAGCUCUCUCAAGCACCUGCUCAAAUCCUUCAACUGCCGGUGAAUGUCCCACAAGCCCAGGUGGGGUUCCGUCGAACAGCUUCCCAAGUCUGUCAUACACCACCUCGGUUCUAUCAAACACCCACUCGGCGUAUUGAAAGUCAGGUGCCGGUCUAUCCGUCCCCGGCGCAGGCUUUCCAGUCCCCAGUGCAGAGAUCGCAACAAGCCGAGCAGGUCUUCCGGUCCCCUUCCCAGGGCUCUCAAACCCCGAAAAUCACUCGGUCCCGGGCAGAAAGCUCUCACCAAGUGGAGCUCCCUCGCUCUCUAGAACCGGGUUCUCAGUCCUUAGUGCAGGACGCUCAACAAGCAGAGGUCCCUCAGUCCCCACAACAGCGAUAUGAGUCCCCAGAACACUCUCAGUCUUUAGUACAAAGCACUCAGUCCCCAUUUCAAAUGUCCGACCAAAUGGACCAAAUUUCCCAAUUCUCAAUGCAACUAUCCGCACAAGACGGUACAACAGCCGAAACAAACGAAACAGACAUCGCAACACCCUCAACCCCAACAACAAACACCACAACCCCCUCCCUCUUCAUCCAACCAACAAAAUCAAACCCAACCUUCUCACUAGUGUACCACAAAAUGAAACACCGCUGGACCGACCUGGAACCCCUCGAACAAACCUUAAUCGUCAAAUACCUACUGGGAAGAUGCCACACACAAGAACGCCUGCACUGCCAAGGCUACAACGCCCCGAAAACCAUCGACACAACCUCCUGCCUGAAACGCGGCGAACCACAUCAAACCCACACCUUCACCCGCUACUCAACCCACCGAAAAGCAAUCGUCAUAGACUGUGAAAUGAUAGAAACAACCCUCUGCACGAGCGAACUAGCUUUCAUAACCGCAAUCGACUUCCUCACCGGCGAAGUCCUGAUCAACAGCUUCGUGGCGCCGACAGCACCGGUGACGAACUGGCUGACGCCGAUCAGCGGGAUCACGCCUGAGAAAAUGGAUGCUGCUAUCGCUGACAACAAGGCGUUUAAAUCAAAUGCUGAUGCGCGACGCGCGUUGCGGAUGUUCCUUGAUCAUGAUACUGUUCUCAUUGGUCAUGCGCUUCACCACGAUCUCCGGACGUUGGGGUUGAUUCAUGGACGGAUUGUGGACACGUCUGUUGUUACGGCUGAGGCUGUUUUUUCUAAUUUUUCGGCAAGGACGCUGUUGCCGCGGGUUUGGGGGUUGAAGGCUCUGGCGAAUGAGUUGGUUGGGAUUGACAUCCAGACUGGGGAUGAGGGACAUCAUUCGCUUGAGGAUGCGUUGGCUACAAGGGAGGUUUUGAUUUGGUGUUUGCGGGGUCCGGAGUGUUUAAAGGUUUGGGCGGAGAGGGCUCGGAGUUUGUAUGAGCGGGUGAGACAGCAGAGAGGUGGACAGAAGAAGACUGUGAGGAAUUCUGCGAAGAAAGUUAGAGGUACUAGUUCGGGUAAGGGCAGAGGCAAGAAGAAACCUGUUCUGGACUGA